GCUCUGGACGCCGUGUUGCCUUGCACAGUUGGUUGCGCGCCGGUCGUGUGAGUGAGGAGACGUACCGAGUGAAUCUAGAAGUGGUUUGUCGUGUAUUUUGUGGAGUUUUUAUGCAAGUUUUGAGGUGAAACGGUGCUUGGGAGUAUUUUUUAGCCAGGGAGUGCCCUUCACAAGGGUAAGGGAGUUGUGAGCUGUUGGUCCGACUGAAAAAAUGACGACCGACAUCUCGGUGGUGCGCGGGGGUUGGGACCCGACGCUUCAACAGGAGAUUGUCGACGAGUACGAAUACGAUGGAGGAAAUUCCAGUUCGAGACUUUUUGAACGAUCCCGUAUCAAGGCUUUAGCUGGUGAACGUGAAUCGGUGCAGAAGAAAACAUUUCAAAAAUGGGUGAAUUCCCAUCUAGUACGAUGUUCUUGUCGUAUCGGAGAUCUCUACGUCGAUCUUCGCGAUGGAAAAAUGCUUAUAAAGCUGCUGGAAAUAUUGUCGGGCGAACGUUUACCACGUCCUACCAAAGGAAAAAUGCGUAUCCAUUGUUUGGAGAAUGUAGACAAGGCGUUACAAUUUUUGCGAGAGCAAAGAGUCCAUCUUGAAAACAUGGGAUCACACGAUAUCGUUGAUGGAAAUCCAAGAUUGAGCUUGGGAUUGAUUUGGACAAUCAUUCUACGUUUCCAAAUUCAAGACAUCACCAUAGAAGAAACUGAUAACCAGGAAACUAAGUCAGCCAAGGACGCUUUACUUUUGUGGUGUCAAAUGAAGACUGCUGGAUAUCACAAUGUAAAUGUUAGGAACUUCACAACAUCUUGGCGAGAUGGUCUUGCGUUCAAUGCCAUAAUACACAAACAUCGUCCAGAUUUGAUCCACUUUGACAAGCUAUCGAAAUCGAAUGCAAUCUACAAUUUGAACAAUGCUUUCAAUGUCGCGGAGGAUAAAUUAGGUCUAACAAAAUUGUUAGACGCAGAGGAUAUUUUUGUUGAUCAUCCUGACGAAAAGUCUAUCAUAACUUAUGUUGUGACCUACUAUCACUAUUUCUCGAAAAUGAAGCAAGAAACCGUUCAAGGUAAGCGAAUCGGUAAAGUUGUCGGAAUUGCCAUGGAGAACGACAGAAUGAUUCAUGAAUAUGAAAGUUUGACAAGUGAUUUACUUAGAUGGAUCGAAGCCACAAUUGAAGCUUUGGGUGAUCGCCGAUUUGCCAAUUCUCUUGUGGGCGUUCAGACUCAACUUUCACAGUUUUCCAACUACCGUACAGUAGAAAAACCACCUAAAUUUGUGGAAAAGGGUAAUUUGGAGGUACUACUGUUUACACUACAGUCGAAAAUGCGUGCCAACAAUCAGAAACCCUACACACCCAAGGAAGGCAAAAUGAUUUCGGAUAUCAACAAGGCCUGGGAAAGAUUAGAAAAAGCUGAACACGAGCGUGAAUUGGCGCUCAGAGAAGAAUUGAUACGUCAAGAAAAAUUAGAGCAGUUGGCUGCAAGAUUUAACCGAAAAGCCAGCAUGAGAGAAACUUGGCUAUCUGAAAAUCAACGACUUGUAUCUCAAGACAAUUUUGGCUUCGAUUUAGCAGCCGUAGAAGCUGCGGCUAAGAAACAUGAAGCUAUCGAAACUGAUAUAUUCGCUUACGAAGAACGUGUACAAGCAGUUAUGGCUGUAUCUCAAGAGCUAGAGGCAGAAAACUACCACGAUAUAGACAGGAUCAAUGCCCGAAAGGACAAUGUUCUGAGGUUGUGGAACUACCUUCUGGAACUACUGAAAGCACGAAGAGUACGGUUGGAAUGUUCGCUUCAAUUACAACAGAACUUCCAAGAAAUGUUGUACAUCUUAGACAGUAUGGAAGAAAUUAAGAUGCGAUUGUUGACCGAUGAUUAUGGUAAACAUUUGAUGGGUGUUGAGGAUCUUCUUCAAAAGCAUUCACUUGUUGAGGCAGACAUCAAUGUCUUAGGUGAGAGAGUUAAGGCUGUCGUUCAGCAAAGCCAAAGGUUCUUAGAACAAGGAGAAGAUUAUCGUCCUUGCGAUCCAACGAUUAUUAUUGAACGAGUGCAACAGCUUGAAGAUGCGUACGCUGAAUUGGUACGCCUGGCUGUUGAGCGUCGAGCACGGCUUGAAGAAUCUCGUAAUCUUUGGCAAUUCUAUUGGGAUAUGGCUGACGAAGAGAACUGGAUCAAGGAGAAAGAGCAGAUUGUUUCUACGGGUGAUAUUGGUCACGAUCUAACCACCAUUAAUUUACUCUUAUCCAAACACAAGGCCUUGGAGAACGAAAUCCAAUCUCACGAACCACAAUUGAUGUCAGUUGCUGCAGUGGGUGAUGAAUUGAUUAGUCAACAUCAUUUCGGUUCUGAUCGCAUUAAGGAAAGAUUACAGGAAAUAUUAGGAAUGUGGAAUCACUUAUUAGACUUGGCAGCAUUCAGACGCAAGCGGCUAGAGGAAGCUGUUGAUUAUCAUCAAUUAUUUGCUGAUGCCGACGAUAUCGACAUUUGGAUGCUAGAUACUCUGCGGUUGGUAUCAUCUGAGGAUGUCGGUCGCGAUGAAGCAAACGUUCAAUCUUUACUGAAAAAACAUAAAGAUGUCACAGACGAACUGAAAAAUUAUGCUACAACCAUCGAGCAGCUGCAUCAACAAGCAUCACAACUUGGAGAACAUGAUUCUAAAUCUCCAAAGGUAUUAGAAAGACUCGCCUCAAUUGAUUCGAGAUACAAAGAGCUUUUGGAAUUGGCUAAAUUGCGCAAGCAAAGAUUAUUAGAUGCCUUGUCUCUGUACAAACUGUUCAGUGAAUCGGAUGGAGUUGAACAAUGGAUCGGAGAAAAGAACAGAAUGUUGGAAACAAUGGUUCCUGCCAAGGACAUUGAAGAUGUUGAGAUAAUGAAACACCGUUACGAUGGCUUUGAGAAGGAAAUGAAUGCCAAUGCUUCUCGUGUUGCUGUAGUAAAUCAAUUGGCUAGACAACUGUUACACGUUGAACAUCCAAACUCAGAACAGAUUGUUGCACGUCAGAAUGAACUGAAUCAAAAGUGGGCCGAACUAAGAGAGAAGGCUGAAGGCAAACGCGAAGCACUCAACUCUGCACAUGGAGUACAAACCUUCCAUAUCGAAUGUCGUGAGACGGUAUCUUGGAUCGAAGACAAGAAACGCAUCUUACAGCAAACUGAUAGCUUAGAAAUGGACUUGACUGGUGUGAUGACACUUCAGCGUCGGCUUAGCGGUAUGGAGCGAGACUUGGCAGCCAUACAGGCGAAAUUGGAUGCACUUGAAAAAGAGGCACAAUCAAUUGAGCAGGAACAUCCUGAUGAGGCUGCAGUCAUUCGUGAACGAAUCACCCAAAUUCAUACCAUGUGGGAGCAAUUAACUCAAAUGCUUAAAGAACGUGAUGCUAAGCUCGAAGAAGCUGGAGAUUUACAUAGAUUCUUGCGGGACCUCGAUCAUUUCCAGACUUGGCUUACCAAGACCCAAACAGACGUUGCCAGCGAAGAUACACCUACAAGCCUUGCAGAUGCUGAGAAACUGUUAACCCAGCAUCAGAAUAUUAAGGAAGAGAUUGACAACUACACGGACGAUUACCAGAAGAUGAUGGACUACGGUGAGAGGCUAACAAGUGAGGCUGGAGAUGGAGAUACACAGUACAUGUUCUUGAGAGAAAGAUUGAAUGCCCUGAAAAUGGGCUGGGAAGAACUCCACCAAAUGUGGGCGAACCGUCAAAAUCUGUUAUCGAAUUCGUUGAACUUGCAAGUCUUUGACCGUGAUGCUCGCCAAGCUGAAGUUUUGUUGUCUCAGCAAGAACAUAUCCUUACCAAGGAUGAGACUCCGACGAACUUUGAACAAGCAGAAAAUAUGAUAAAACGCCACGAAGCAUUUAUGACUACAAUGGAAGCCAAUGAUGAUAAGAUCAAUUCAGUUGUCCAAUUUGCCGGCAGAUUAGUUGAGGAAGGCCACUUUGCGGCCGACAAAGUCAAGAAGAAGGCAGAUGCAAUAAACGAACGAAGAAACGCCAAUCACGAAAGAGCUAAUCAAGUGAUGGACAGAUUGAAGGAUCAACUUCAGUUGCAGAUGUUCUUACAGGAUAGAGAGGAGCUCGUUGAAUGGGUACAGGAAAAACACAUCACUGCUCAAGAUGAAACUUAUCGCAGUGCAAAAACGGUUCAUAGCAAAUGGACGAGGCACCAAGCGUUUGAAGCAGAAAUUGCGAGCAAUAAAGAUCGUUUGCAGCAACUGCAACAGGCUGCUGAUGAAUUGAUUCAAUUAAAGCCUGAAUUGGCUGAGAUCAUAAAGCCGAAAGUUGAAGAAUUAUGUGACCAAUUUGAAGAGCUCGAAACAACAACAAAAGAUAAAGGAGAGAGGCUAUUCGAUGCUAAUCGUGAAGUCCUCAUACAUCAGACUUGCGACGAUAUCGACUCAUGGAUGAAUGAAUUGGAGAAACAGAUUGAAAGUACAGACACUGGAUCUGAUCUUGCCUCUGUCAAUAUUUUGAUGCAGAAACAGCAAAUGAUAGAAACUCAAAUGGCUGUGAAGGCUCGCCAAGUCACAGAACUCGAUAAACAGGCUGAACAUUUACAGAGAACAGUUCCAGAUGAAAAGAUGGAAGAAAUCAAAUGCAAGAAAGAGAAAGUUGCGCAAAGAUUUGAACAGCUUAAGGCACCGCUUACCGAUCGACAACGUCAGUUGGAGAAGAAAAAAGAAGCAUACCAAUUCAGGCGUGACGUUGAGGAUGAAAAAUUAUGGAUUGCAGAAAAAAUGCCACAAGCUACCAGUUCGGAAUAUGGUAAUUCCCUCUUCAACGUGCAUAUGUUAAAGAAAAAGAAUCAAUCUCUCCGUACUGAAAUCGAAAACCACGAACCAAGAAUCAAUUCUGUAUGUAAAAAUGGUCAGAAAUUGAUUGACGAGGGACACGAAGAUAGUGCUGAAUUCACUCAACGUAUCUCCGAUCUUUCGGAUAAAUGGCGCGAACUGAAAGAUGCGGUUGACAACAGAAAUAAGCAUUUGUUACAAAACGAAAAGGCGCAACAAUAUUUCUUCGAUGCUACGGAAGCUGAAUCGUGGAUGAGCGAACAGGAAUUAUACAUGAUGGUUGAAGAUCGUGGCAAAGACGAGAUUUCUGCGCAAAAUCUCAUGAAAAAACACGAGUCUUUAGAACAUGCUGUCGAAGAUUAUGCCGAUACAAUCCGUCAACUAGGUGAAACAGCAAGGCAAUUGAUAAACGAUCAGCAUGCAUUGAGUGAUCAAAUUGCAGUCAAACAAUCCCAAGUUGACAAGCUAUACGCAGGGCUAAAAGAUUUGGCUGGUGAACGCCGUGCCAAGUUGGACGAAGCCCUUCAGCUGUUCAUGCUGAACCGAGAAGUUGACGAUUUGGAGCAAUGGAUAGCUGAGCGAGAAUUAGUUGCAGGCAGUCAUGAGUUAGGUCAAGAUUACGAUCACGUUACUUUGCUUUGGGAAAGAUUCAAGGAAUUUGCUCGUGACACGGAGACAAUCGGAUCGGAAAGAGUCGCGGCUGUAAACGGAAUUGCAGAUUCUUUGAUUGCAACAGGACAUUCGGAUGCAGCUACAAUUGCAGAAUGGAAGGAUGGCCUGAACGAAGUCUGGCAAGAUUUGCUAGAGCUCAUCGAAACACGAACUCAAAUGUUAGCAGCUAGCCGUGAGCUACAUAAAUUUUUCCAUGACUGCAAAGAUGUUCUUGGAAGGAUCUUGGAGAAACAAAAUGCAAUGUCAGACGAAUUGGGCCGCGACGCUGGCUCUGUUUCAGCACUUCAACGGAAACAUGGCAACUUUAUUCAAGAUUUGUUUACCUUACAGUCACAGGUGACACAAAUCCAGGAUGAAUCGUCUAAACUUCAAGCUAGCUAUGCAGGGGAUAAGGCUAGAGAAAUCACAAAUAGAGAGGCCGAAGUAGUAGCAGCUUGGAAUAAUUUACAGUCUUUGUGCGAAGGACGUAAGGCAAAAUUAGAAGACACCGGUGAUUUGUUCAGAUUCUUCAACAUGGUUAGAACCUUACUGAUUUGGAUGGAUGAUGUUGUCAGGCAAAUGAACACUUCAGAGAAGCCUCGUGACGUAUCGGGUGUAGAGCUACUGAUGAAUAAUCAUCAAAGUUUGAAAGCUGAAAUCGACACUAGGGAAGACAAUCUUACUGCUUGUCUUGACCUCGGAAAAGAUCUAUUGGCAAGGAACCAUUACGCUAGUGUCCAAAUUAAGGAAAAACUACUAGCAUUGACUGAUCACAGAAAUGCGUUACUGCACCGCUGGGAAGAAAGAUGGGAGAAUCUACAGCUAAUUCUUGAAGUUUACCAAUUCGCCAGAGAUGCAGCUGUAGCGGAAGCUUGGCUUAUUGCUCAGGAGCCAUAUCUCAUGAGCCAGGAACUUGGACAUACAAUCGACGACGUAGAAAAUCUUAUCAAGAAACAUGAAGCUUUCGAAAAAUCAGCUGCAGCACAAGAAGAAAGAUUUAGUGCUCUACAACGACUUACAACGUUUGAGCUAAGAGAACUUAAGCGACGAGAACAAGAAAGAGAAGAAGAAGAAAGGCGUGAACAGGAAGAAGCUGCCGCAGCAGAGGCUGCAAAGUUAGCCAAAGCGACACCUGUCACCAGUCCUGACGAGCCACCCAGUGACAGAGUUGAUGGCGAAGGUAAUCAAAACGGGGAACAAGCUGGUGAAGAGGAUGGUCACGUGGCACUACGCAAGCCUUCAACUAGAUCGCCACAAACCCAAGAAAAACCCAAGGAAGUGCAUGUUCAGAAGCCUGCACGACUGUCAACACCAGACGUUUCAACACCGCCGAUUUCUCCAACAUCUCCAAAGUCCCAGUCGUCAUAUCCAACAACACCGACAACUCCAAAGGGUGGCAGUGGUUCUGAAUCCGGUACAUUGCGGCGCAAGGAAAGAAGCCGUAGUAAAUCACCGUUUAGAAGUUUCCGUUGGAAAAAAUCAACUAAGUCACCUAGCCUGGAUCGAAGUGGUGUGAGCGAUGAUGAUCACAGUUAUACUGAACAACGAAGUCCUGGCGAUGACGAAUUUGAAGGAACGUUGACGCGCAAGCACGAAUGGGAAAGCACAACAAAAAAAGCCUCGAAUCGAUCAUGGGACAAACUAUAUAUGGUUAUACGCGGGCAAAAUUUGGUAGCUUACAAAGAUCAAAAAUCCUACAAAGCUGCUGCCGACCAGCCAUACAAAGGUGAACCAGCUCUAGAUCUCAGAGGUGCCUCUGUAGUAGUCGCCAGUGAAUACACCAAGAAGAAACAUGUCUUCCGAGUCAAGUCUCAAAGCGGAGCAGACUUCCUAUUCCAAGCUAAGGAUGACGCAGAAAUGCUUGAGUGGGUAUCUGUGUUAAAUCAAGCUGCACAGGGUGUAUCUGGCGCGAGUACAUCUAGAGCACAUACUCUGCCAGCACCGACGCAAGCUGAAACCAAGCGGCGUAGUUUCUUCACACUCAAGAAAAACUAAAUUGGAGCAGUGAAGCGUGCUAAGAAGCCGCCAGUACGCGCCAACGCAACAAAUAACGUUUGAAAAAAUGCUUUGUCGGAUAUUGCCUAGCUAAAAGCUGGUGAAGUACUAAAUUAACACUGAUAAUUAAUUAUUUAACAGAUUAAGAGAAGUCUUUAGACAAAUUGAGAAUGAAAAUCAAUGUAAUUUUCGAAAAUCCAUUUCGCUUUGAAAGUUUAAACCAUUCACUGUAAAGCAAUAUUUCGGAAUAUUGGUAUAAAAAUUGUUGGAAACUUGAUGGACAUUUUAAUUUUAUUGUUAAGUGUUUCAAUUCAAUACAAUAUCACUGAAACUGGUCAAGGAUAAAUAAAGUUCAACGUCCCGAAUUAACAUGGCUGAUGUUAUUGCGCCCUUAAAUGAUUUAGUUCGUUUAUGCUCUUGUUUUCAUUUUGUUAUUAAAUUUUCGUUUAGAAUAUUUUAAUGUUAUAGGGAAAGAAUAUACUUAUAUAAAUUAUUUACUUGUACAAAGCAGUUUUAAUUUGAUAGAUGAAUCAAAUGAUGACAGUUUUUAUACAUGUUUUUGAGAACAUCAGCAAACAUUGCAGAUUAUAUCCGAGUUUGAGGUAAAAAUCCUAGUUUAAUAAAAUAUAUUUUCACUAGGAAAACAUACUGCUCCCAACAUCAUUUUGACGAUAUUUCAUGUUAAUAUUUAUUGAAUGACAAGUUCAAAAUAUCCGCAAAUGCGUUGAAUUAAUAUUUCUGUGUAAUUGUUACAUCAUGUAAAAAUUAAAUUCCCAAUUUUUAUUUGCCUUUUAUUCAUUCUUUGACAACUCAAGUAAGGUAAUUAUUUUAGCUAUAAAUUUUUAGCCAUGCUGAUGCGGGACACUUCAUAAUAAACUAGGUUAAUAAAUUGCAGUCUAAAGUUAUUUU